GCCAGCACACGUCGGAAGUAGUAGAGACUGGCGGUGGUCUUUGGCCUCAUCCGAAAACGGAUGACGUCGAGUCGGUUAAAAUCAAGACUGGUGAGCAUCAAACCGAAGAAGGCCCAACUGCAACUUUCUCCGCCGCGGUGUCUGUUUUGGAUCAGACCUUUAACUUUACCGCGGAGCAGCUGAGUAGUGCGCCACCAACUACUACGCUAAGUAAUCUGAAGGGAGGUCGUGGAACAACAACAGCCGAGCAGAAGUUUUCGCAGAAUCAUACUGGAAUCACGGCGAGCAACCAAAAUGUCGAAAUAUCGACCGGCCUUGUUUUGCCCAAGUCCGGCGAGGAAUUGCUCUGUUUCAACGUGAUUCUGGUCUCCAACAGUAUCUACGCUGGGGUGUUGAACACCGAGUCUUUGUGGAAGAUCAGCAGGAAAGUGUCGGAAUUAUUUCAGCGGUUCCCGAUCUUGUUCCACACGGACAUAUUUCUGGAAAAGUUGUAUCACUGCCUCGCGUAUCAACUGUAAAAAUGUCUGGGUCUGGAAACUUGUGAUGCUGGGUGGCAUAUCAUGAGGAGGCCACAAUUGCUGGCUCAGCAUGACAAGUUUUUGAGCUUCUAGGUGUUGCCUAUUCUGCAUGACAAACUGCGUUUCUGCAUGACAGCAAAGUGGGGCUCUUUGGUAAUGUGCAUGACAGAUUUAAGAGUCAUGCCAGACAAGCAUGACAAACUUGCACUCUUCCAGACCCAGACAUUUUUACAUUUGAUAUCGCGUAUUUCCCCGGCCGCGGGACGUCAGUCCCGAUUUCUCCCUACAUUGUGGACUCCUUGCUCAUCGCGAAUCCGCAGUAUGGGUUGAAAAUGAACGCAAUAGUGGGGGCGGUGAACAGUAGCCGAGAAAUCGACUAUUGUGUUUUCGAGGACAAUUAUGUGGGAGGAAGUUCUUCAAGUUUGGUGAACCGAGAGGACCGACAGAGCAAAGAGGAUAUUAAGUUGGGGACCGAGCGACCAAGUGACAACAUCACGUCGACCACGGGGGAAGAGAGAACAAGUUCUCCACAAAGAACUACGGGAUCGGCAAAACUGGGUACGAAUUUGGACAAAACUGUGACGUUCCAAAAGACGAGCUCAACACUCUCUAACCCCGCUGGAGGGGGUGCCACCGGUGGAGUAGAGGACAAGCUGCAGCACGCCGCGCGAACGGUUUCGGAGGACACAUCGAUACCGCAUUCGUUGAACCUGAUCCCC